GUUACCUUAUCCCUCCCUCCCUCUCUCUCCCCCCUUUUCCCUUUUGUUCCCCUCUCCCCAAAGUGUUCUGUUUCCCAGUGUGCCUCCCUCAUAACGGCUGAAACCAGGGUCUAGGCUGGAAGGAUGGACUCUGUGCUGCUGCUGUCUCUGUGGGCUCUGGCUGGCUCUGUCUCUCUGCAGACUGCAGUCCAGGCAUCUGAUGCGUGUCCAGAGAGGCUGCUGGGUAACGAGCGGAGAAGGACGUGUCCAAAACCCUGUACACAGGACAAGGACGUUGGCAACAAGCGCCAGUGUUUGUGUGAUGGCCAGUGUGGCCUCAGCUGUGUGGCUCCAGUCGUACUUGUCCCUGGCCCCUGCCCUCAGGGGAACAACUUUGUUGCUUCCCUCCCUCUCUCCCACUCCCUCCUUCUCUGCCCUCCUCGAGGGCGUUGUGACACAGGCUACAUGUUGCCCAAUGGCUUGGAUGCAGCCAUCCGUCGUUGCCAAGGCGACGACAAUGGAGCGGGUGAUGAUCCCAACUGCACAGGUGGGAGCGGGUGGACGGUGGGAAACAGUGAGAAUCUCUGUAAUAUUGAUCAGACCUGGCAGUACCCUCACCCCAUCUGUCAAAGGGUGUGGUGCCCGCCCCCCCAGGAGGUGAACCAGGGGUACCUGGUGGCGGUACAGAGGACUGAGUACGAUGUGGGCGAUGCCAUCUAUUACCUCUGUAAGAAGAACCACCUGCUGGAUGGACCCAACCGGGUCACCUGCCAGCCCAACGGCACCUGGAGCGCAGUGCCCUACUGCAGAGUGCGCUGUCCAAUCCCAGCGGAGCGGAGCCGUGUUCUGAUUGGUGGGCUGAAGCGUUGGCCCUAUGACGUGACAGACUCGGUGGUUCCCCACGGGGAGAGUGUGACGUUCUACUGUAAACACUCCAGGAAGCAGUGCAGCUUYCCCUACACACAGASCUGUUUCGACGGCAGGCUCAACCCCCCCUUCUGCUACCUGGAACCCACCUGGCUGCAGUACAAACUGUUCCCUCAUCGGCUGGUGUCGGAGAUCGAGGCCUGCUCUCUUGUAGACCUGGACUAAUACCCCAACACUCCCAUCUCUAUCUCUUGUCCCCCUCUCUCUCAGCCUCUACCAAUGAUAGGCUCUACAUGUCUUAAUAAUAGCUGUGUUAAUGAUAAUACAUGCAUUAAUACAGAAGUAAAACGUAGUCAUAACUCAUAUAGUUCAAAUGUUCAYUUCAUGUGUUGUUACCGUGUGACUCUGACUCCUCCCACUGCGGGAUCUGACUGACCUGACGUGUUGUUUUGUUUUAACAUAGUGUGUUCCUGCCCCAAGCUGGCCCUCAGGAUACUCCUCCUCCUUGUUGUUGACACACCAAGCCCUGAGGCUUGGAAGUUCUAUUGAUGUGACGGUUUUGAAAUAAACAACGUUUUGCUGUGAUGUGA